UGGUACACAGUGGUGCUUAAUAAAGGUUCUUUGGUCCAUCGGUUGAUUUCCGUGCUCGGGUCUCUGCAGGCCCCGGCCCAGGCAAUGGUGAGACCCCGCAGGCGGCGAGUUCGGAGCCGGGACAGCACCCCCGAGGGGCAGAGCGGGGGCGUCCCAGAGGCAGACGGCGAGAGAGGGGGCGGGCAGGGAGGGGAGCGGCCGCACUAGCCAGCGGGGCUUCGGAGGAAGGAAGAGGGAGGGAGGGAGGCGGGGGCUGGAGGGAGGGAAGGAGGGAGAGAGCAGGGCGGGGCAGGGAGGCCGGGAAAGGGGACCAGCCCUCGCUCUGACUUCCUCCGGAGCUUCUUCUCCCGUUAUUCGGCCGGGUGGAGAGUGAGUCUGCCUCCGGACUCGCAGCUGGCCCCAGGGCUUUAAUUGCUCGGCCCCGUGGGCACCAUGUCCCUGCUCCUCGUGGCCGUGUCUGCCCUGCACGUCCUCAUCCUCAUCCUGCUCUUUGUGGCCACCCUGGACAAGUCUUGGUGGAUCCUCCCUGGAAAUGAGUCACUGAACCUCUGGAAGGAGUGUCUGAGCUACUCGAACCAGUCUGUGCCCGAGGUCUGGGUGUGCAGCAACGUCAGUGAGAGCGGCUGGCUGAAGGCGGUGCAGGCGCUCAUGGUGCUGUCCCUGGUGUUCUGCUGCCUCUCCUUCGUGCUCUUCAUGUUCCAGCUCUACAACAUGAAGCGCGGGGGCCUCUUCUACGCCACCGGCAUCUGCCAGCUCUGCACCAGUGUGUCAGUGUUCACCGGGGCCCUCAUCUACGCCCUGCACGUCAGGGAGUUCCACCAGACCGACGGCUCCUUCGGCUACUGCUUUGCCCUGGCCUGGGUGGCAUUUCCUCUGGCACUGGCCAGCGGCAUCAUCUACAUCCACCUGAGGAAGCGAGAGUGACCUCCCCGCCCGGCCCGCCAGCCCCGCCUUCCCAAGCUACCCGCCCUGGGGGGCCCCGACCCUGGAACCUCAGUCUCUCGCUCUGUGCAAUGGGCGAGUAAGCAGCCGGCCCCUGGCACUUGGUGCUCUGGCCGGGCCAGCAGUCGGGGACUCUGAAUGCAGGCUCCGGCCCUCCUGGCCCCGGCCCUGGGCACAUGCCCGAACCCCUCUGCCCGUUUCCCCAACUGUGAAAUGGGAAUAGCACCUUCCUCCCGGGUCGUUGCAAGAACGAAAUGAAACCGUAUCUGUCAAGUGCUUAGCCUGCACACAGCAGGUGCUCUAUAAAUGCUUACUCCCCCA